CGUGUUUGGGGAGUACGACCCGAGGUUCAUGCACUUUUUUCCGAUUCUGCAGUACGAGGUCUUGCUGAUCGAGUACUACAAUGUAUCCGUCGUCUCGGAAUCCGGCACCACGGAUCUCGAGUCCUACGACCACCUCGGCAUCGACCCCGCGACCAACAACACGAUUCCGAUCGGCCAUCCGGCAGUGGUGGCGGGCUGGCGGCAAGAGGGGCUGGACUACUUCUCCUCCGUCUUGGACGAGCCUGGCGUGACGCAGCAGGGAUUGAACUACAGUGCGAGUUUCACGAACAAAACUUACAACGUGACGAAGUUCACGGUGGAUGGCAACGACCAAUUUUUGGAAUUGAAGCUGCUCGCCGAUCGGCAGUACUCGGUGCGGAUCCGGUCCGAGAACGUGGUCGGGUUCGGCCCGUGGAGCGCGUUGCGAGAUUUCUACGCUGCGGUGAUUCCGACUAAGGUGCAGAACGUGGAGGUGACGCACGACAGCGACAAUUCGAUCAUUCUCCACUGGCAGCCGCCGAACUACAACGGCGGGCAGAGCUCGACGGUGGCCAUCCUGUACUACCAGGUCUACGGCAUUCUGGCCGAUGGGACGACGAGCGACGGGCCGGUGGCGAGCCUGAGCGGGACGGACUUGCACUUGAUCCAGCCGAUUCUGAGCAAGGUGGAGAACAACCACCUCCGACUGGACAAUCUCGGCCCGGGCGCGUACCGGGAGUACGCAGUGACGGCCGUGAACAGUGGCUACCAGGAGUCGGAGUACACAAAAUUCGGCACGUACAUUGGGCUUCCGCCCAAGAAGAUGGACGAGGUGGGCUUCAAAAAUGUGACGAAUUCCAGUUUGUUCGUGGACUGGACGACUCCUCUAUCCGUGUUGCCGAUUUUGGAAUACGAGCUCAGCACGGAUCCCCGGCCGUCGUACCGCUACGAGGUGAAUACAACCACGGAGUUCAACGACACGACAAACGUCACCACAGUGACCCACGAGAAGCAAACCGUGACCAUCCCCGCCGGGAAGAAUUCGACGGUCUUCUACACGGGAUUGCAGCAGUUCUUUGAAAUUACCGAUCCGGCGUUCAUGGUGCCCGGGAAUUCCAUCCGGUUGAAAGUCCGCGCGAGAAACGUCAACGGGUACAGCCCGUACUCCGAGGCGAAGCAGUUCCUCAUCGGCGAUUGGUACGUGAAUUCCAUCCUCGCCGCGCCGACAGUUUCCAUUUUCGGCACCACGGCCACGUCCAUCACUGUGCAGUGGCAGGACGCGGAGGGAAUCAGCACCGACGAGCUGGUCGAGUACGAGUUGACCUGUGUCAGCAAGCGAGACAACCGGCUGAAUGAGCGGAUCCGGAUCCGACGCUAUGGCCUCGGGAUGCAGAAGUUUGAGUUCACGAACUUGAUCAAGGGGCACUUGUACGAACUUUCCGUCGCCAGCUGUGAUGUCAACAGUUUGUGCGGCACGCCGGCGCGAAUUGAAAGGUACUCUGCCCUCGUUCCGAUGCCGCCCCUGCAGCCGUACAGAGUGUUUGUGAACAACCCUGCCAGCGGGACGCGGGACCUCUGUCCGACGAGCCAAGAGUCCCCGGAAAUUUUCUGGACCAUGGAGCACGCCGACAAGUACUGCAACAAAGCAGUGUACACAAACGUCAGCAACACGGAGCUGAAAGCCACUAGCACAAUCACGCUGACGAACAGCAGUACGAACGAGACCUACGACCAGUUCGUAUAUGAAAACGUCACGACGGUGACAGAAGUGCUGCUGCAGGACCGGGAGAUGCUGCAGACGACGGUGGUUAUCGGGUGGGAUUUGAACGACAACCGGGAGCGGGACGGCGGGUUGCCCAUCGAGAAGUACAACGUGUACGUUUCCGACAAGUCCGACGCGGAGCAGGGCGUGGACUUCCAGCUGCUCGGCUCCGUCGAGCAGCCGUUUUUGAAGGGCAGCACAAGCUACAGUGGCGGGCUGUUUGUCUUCCAGGGCUGCACGGACGAGGACAUUUCUGAUGCGUUCGAGGCGGCAAACGCGGAGAACAGCUACAGCGACACGAAAUUUGACGCAAACUUACUCACCCCAGCCGCCGCAAGAAACAGGACCGUCACGAACAGUUCGCAGUUCAGUCCAACAGGGUCUCUCGGCAGGUUUUACAAGAUCUCGGCAGUGAACCUUGUUGGUGAGUCGCCGCUCUCCCAGGAAGAGCUAAUCUACUGUGGCCCGAUCCACCCGCAGCCCGAUCCGAUCGCGCGGAGUGAGGUCGAGGUGGUGCAGCCGAGAUCAGAUCUGAAAGUCAAGCUCCCCUGGACCUACAACGACACGAGGGACAAGUUCCAGCCCCUUCCCGGCCAGAAGGCGUACGAGACCAAGUUUGACAGCAAUUUUGCGGUACCGGGGGCCGACUUGUUCGAUCAGGGCGGGACGAGUGUUAACAAAGCACUACCGCCGAUCACAAAGAUCCACAUGGUUUUGUACAUUGAGGAGACGACCGAGUCGCUGGGUGACAGGGACAAGCUAUGGGUGAACGCGAACCAGCAAGACCACUACAAGCACGAGGAGCAGUACCACCGCCGGAUCAUCGACAAGUACAGCUUCAAGUCGCAGGAGCAUUUGCCCUUCGUCAUGUCGACCUUCACGCAGCCGUAUUUGACGGAGCUCACCUCUUUCAAGAACGCCGCGUCGCACUUCAACUACAAAAAGCCGUACAAAAACUUUGCCGGCUUUUACAACCACUACGCGGAGAAUCCCUACCAGAAGAUGGUGAACACUUUCUCCCUCUGGAACCAAAAAGCGCGCGAGUUGAUGCUGACCGGCGGGAAUUUCGCGUACCAGGAGUUCGACAACGUGACGAUCAGUGAUACGACGUUGUCGCACUUCACGUUUGAAAAUUUGAAAGAGGGCUACUACUACUGGAUCAAGUACCGAGUAGGGUCGAACCUCGGCUGGUCGCCCUUCUCCGUCCCGAACCGGUUUUACGCGUCGAAAUUGCCCACGAAGCCGAUGCAGCCGUUCGGAAUCAACGCGUCGCUGACCAGCCUCGAAAUCGGCUGGGCCUUUGACGAUGACGGAAGUAAAAACCUGCAGAACGAAGACAUUUUCUACUUCAACGUCUACAUCCACGAGAAUCCGGUCUUUCCCCACCGGGAGUUCCCCGUGCGCGACCACUACGACGGGGAGAACAAGAACCCGUGGGAGCCGUUCACCCGGUCGCCGGGGAACCGGUACCUCCACGACUGCGUCGCGAACAACCACAGCCAGGCGCAACUCUACUUCUGGGUGGCGGGCGUGAAUGCCGCGGGUGAGGGCCCGCACUCCGACGUUUUGCGGUGGAGCUGCAGCAACAUCCCGGACCAGCCGAAGCCCCCGACGAUGUACUACUACCUCGGUGCGAGCGGGUUCGAGUGGGAUUUGUUGCACCCGAACAAGACGGAUUUCAUCACCAUGAACUGGACCCACAGCAACACGUACGGGGCGAAGAUCGUCGGCACGAAGCUGUACUGCUUCGGGAAUCAGGGCAUGUCGCUGAAGGUGUUCUACACGCGGCAAUACGAGACCGUGGAGGCUGGUUUUGGCGACGGGAAGCUGGAGCGGGCGUUUUUCAUCGAGGGUUCGGACGUCACCAUGGUGAACAUCACGUCCUUCACGCCGACGCAGCAGUACGAGUGCUCUGUCACGACCAUCUCCGACGUGGGGGAGUCGAUAAAGUCCUUCCCGCCGACGCGGUUGGAGAUGGCGGGGAAGCCGCUGGCGCCCCCCUACCCUCCCAAGUACGUGUCCUCGCGAUUGAUCCCGACCGCGCGCUUGACCAUCGAGUACGACCCGAGCUUAUCCACAGAAAAAAAACCAUCCCCAUCCAUUUUUUGCAUGAGAAGCACAGGAUUUUUUACGUGUUUUGCAUGACAAAUUGGAUGUGGACGAUGGGUGUUUUUUCCUGGAUAGAGCUCCAUCGACGCGAACGGGGGGAAAAUCGAGGCGGUGUACGUGUACGUGUCAAUAGACGGGGUCGUGUGGGAUACGACGUAUCUGCUCCAGCCGUACAUCUACAAACUCGACCAGGUGUCCGCGCCCUACCAGCACGUGCAGGAGUGCAACGACGCGAGGCUACAGGGCGACCGUGCGCGGCAGUUCCUGUGGUUCAAGUACGCGGGGUACAGCUCCUCGGGGUUGGGCGGGUUGUCGCCGGCCUUAAAGAAGCGCUGCUCCAGCUUGCCCGCGUUCCCGCAGCCGAUUCUCGCGGUGGACAGAAGGUACAACCCGGAAUCCGAGCGCGGCGAAAUGCUGAUGAGCUGGAACAUGCCGGACUUGUACGGCGCGCAGCACGUCGCCACCAAGAUCUGGUGGGACUAUGGUGCGGGACUGCCGUCCGGGUACCGGUUUCUGGCGACCAUCACGGAUACGAAGCAGACGACCUUCUGGAUCCGGAAUCUGAUCCGCGGGCAGUACUACCGCGUCAGGUACUCGAUCCUCUCCGACGUCGGCGAGUCAGCCCGGUCCGACGGGUUCGGCCGGCUGUUCGCCGGGCCCAUGUUGCCGCCAGGGAAGCCGACGAGGAAGAACUCGCUCUUCAACGGCGUGCAGGUGGAGUUCAAGUACACACCCGACGAAUUCUACAACGUGGGCGAGUGUCAGCCGGGAAAUUGGGUCGUCUACACGUCGCAGACGGGCAUCGACUGGAACUUCGACUCGCCGUUGGCGACGGUCGGGUGGUCAAACGCCGGUGCGAGCAUGAACGUGAUUCAAACUCCGGGGACUUACGUCUGGGUGCAGGCAAAGCUGCAGCCCGGGUUUCUGUGCCCGGAUGGGAUCGAGGAGGUGUUCACGCCAGUGGAGAAGUUCUUCAUUGGGCGCAUCCCGGCGACGGUCGGCGCGAUUAGGAAGGUCUCCUCCAAGGAAACGUCGAUUUUGUUCCAAUUGAUCCCCGGAAAUCUGUUCGAUUGCCCGUUGGUCGGUUUCGAAUUCAGGUGGCAGAAGGCGUACUUGAAACCGGGCGACUUCGGCCUGACUAUCGAGCACUACGUGCACGUGCCGGCGGCGAACUCGCAGUACAACCUGACGAAUCUGGAGUACGACGUGCCUUACCGAGUGCAGUACCGCGUGAUCUCCGAGUGCGGCACUUCCAACCGCCAGGACGACUUGUCCGCCGCGAGCCUGUUCUACACUGGCGGGGACAUCGACCCGCCCGACGACGCAUACCCGGACCGCGACCGAUCCACCGACGCGCAAAUCACGCUCGUCUGGCCCAAGUGGGGGUUGUCCGAGGGACACAACAUGUACCGGGGGACCAUUCACCAGCCCAGCUAUUAUGUCUACUUGUCCGCGGACCCGAACCACUUUCCGGAUCUGCCGACGACCAUUAUUCCGCUGAAAUCCCCGGAAGCUGGGGACUUCUCCACCACGGCGGACCCAGAGUACUCGACCAACUGUCAGUUGCCGGAUCACGGUCAACUGGCUGCGGGGAAUUCUGGCGCGGCGAAUCUCGACUUCCGGAACGGCGGGGCGGUGUAUCUGAAGAUGCAGGUGUACGACGCAGUGACGAGCCGGGUGGGCGUCAUGACCAGAGUGCAGAAGUUUGUCUGCACUUUCUUGCCCAACAGACCGACGAUGAGUGUCCUCGAAACGUCGAACAGCACGAUCACGGUGGGGUGGACCGGGGUGGAUGUGUUCAACGCAGAUUUUGUCGCGUCCCAGCUCUGGAUCGACGACGGGCUUGGCGGCACGCUGUACAACACGCUGAACAUCACGGACCCGAACCAGCACUACGCACAAUUCGUGAAUUUGACCAACGCCAGACUGUACACGAUCCGGAUGAAGACGCUGUCCACCGCGGGCGCCUCGCUGUACGCAUCGACCCAGGGCUACAGCUGCUCGCUUCCGGCCCGGCAGCCCGCGCCCUACCCGGUGCCCUCCUCGGUCGCGAAUUCCUUGUCCGUCGGCUGGACCAUCCCCGGCUACGACGGCGACUGCCCGCUGGUCGGAUGGCGCGUCAUCGAGCGCGCGAACGUGUCGACGACAAACGCGCAGGGCGACUCCGUGUACGAAAUCCAAGACGUGAACAUCUGGCCCGCCAGUCUCCCCAUCACCGACCCCUUUGCCGCCGGCAUGGACGCGCAGUCGCGGCAGUACGGGCCGCUGACCACCGGCUUCACGAAUGGCGAAGUUCGCGAGUUCAAGAUCCGCGUGUUCAACUUUGGCGGCUUCGUCGACUCACCGUACAUCUUCAUCGAGAUCGGCCCCACGCCGGAGCAAAUGGAUCCGCCGGCGAUCGACACGCCGACGCUGUCCGGCCCGACAAGCAUCUUCCUGCAGUGGAACAUCACGGAAGACACCAUGCGUGGCGUGCCGGCGAAGGGCUUCGCGGUGUACCGGGACAACGGGCAUCUGAACAGUACAAAGAUCGACUACGUCAAUCUGCAGGCGGUGGACUUGAACGGAACCCUGUCCGACGGAACGGUGCCGGAUCCGGCGUGCACGGCGCAGGCCUACGACGGCGUGUGCUACCCAGAGCUCCCCGAUUGGGAUAGCAGAAGCUGUGUGCACAAGCCGGUCUACGACGUUGCGCAUGCAAGGAAUUGCACGAUCACCGGACUCGAGCCGAACACUUACUACAGGUACUGAAGGUUUUUUCGUAUCUAUGUUGGCAUCCCCGUCCUCUGCUUUAUUUUCUUUUUCCAUGCAUGAUUCGCAAUUUGUUGCACCAGCUUCGCUGCUUGCUGUCGACAAUCUCUUCAAACAUGUGCGAUAAGAUCUACGCAAGUUUUUCCGCAUUCCAUACAUAAUCUCUGCGAUGGAUGAAACUGCCAGCAAAUGCAAUACAGGUUCCGCGUCGCCGCCAUCAAUCGCCUUGGCCGCGGACCAGUGUCCGACGACGUGAUUCUGAAGACCGGCUCGGUAGGUAAUGUGUUCAAUACGGUGCCCUUCUUUUCCGGUGCGACUAGUGGCGUACAGACGAUGUUUGCCCCGGGUGCGCCGCAAAGCCCCUUGGUCAACGACACGUCUGCCAGUAUCACGUUCUCCUGGAAUCAGCCCCCGCAGGAGGACGGCGAUUUCAUCUUCAAUUACAAGGUAAAGAUGUUGCUGAAUUGAAAUUGUUAUAUGCCGAUGCUGGCACUGCUUUGGUACAAUUUGAUUUUGUAUCAGUUACUUUGAGUUCCGCAUUUAUUUUUCCAAGCAUACAGGAUGACUACAGUCCUGAAUACUCACUCAGUGAAAUAACGAUUUGCUUUUGCGAGCUUUUUCAUCAUCUUGAAUUUACGAAACUUCCAAGGCUCUGCUCACUUACAUUCCGGACACGACGCGGCCGCUUCCCGACGACCCGCAGACGACAACCUUCGUCUACGCGGCAAACGGCUCGCUGCAAUACCCGCUGCCACUCUCCACGAGGUCGCUGACCGUUCGCGCAAACGACUCCGCUGAAGCGAGCGCGUUCCUGAAACCUCGGAGAAGUUACCAGUUUCAGCUGAUCGCGGUGUCCGAGCUCGGUGAUUCAGAGCCGACGGUGGCGUCCGACCCGGGCUACAUUAUCAAAUGCAAAAAUGUCUGGGUCUGCGAGAUUUGUCACGCUGAUCUGGCAUGGCCCUCAAAUCUGUAUUGCGUGGCCACAAACAGCCUCUCUCGCCUGUCAUGCAAAAAUGCAGUUUCUCAUGCGGAAUACGCAGCACAGAGCACGAAGCAACUUGUCAUGCUUGGCGGCGCAUUACAGUGCAUUUGUAUAUUGACUGACUUGCAUCACAAGUUUCCAGACCCAGACAUUUUUGCAUUUGAUAUACAUCGUGGGGGCACCACUCCCCGCAAGCGGCUUCCGACAGGACACGUCAAAAGGGUAUCAGGGCGCUGUGGUGCACGUGAUGUGGAAUCCGAUUAUCGACAUGAGCUACGCGGGCGCCGCGCCGUUCGCCACGUACACAGAGAGCGCGCCGCCCGGCUGGACGCCGCCGACUUUGCGUAGCUUGCAAAUGGAACAAGCUACGUCGAAGGAACUGAUCUUGGACGGCGCGGUGAUGCACUACACUGAGGAGGCGUUCGCGCACUUGCCGCUAGCUGGCGAUGACGAUCCGCUGGGGAGAAAGCGGCAACUGCUGGAAGAGGACGUGAGAAGGCAGGUUUCUGCUGACGGCAAGAAGAGCUCGCAUCUAGAAGGGACCAUGUUGCGUACCAGUGACGAGGAUACAGACGACGUCUUGGUUGGAGAAAGAAGUCUAGACACACCUACAACCGGCGCCCCAUCGACCGCACAGAAAAUCCGCCGAGAUUUGCUUUCCGAUGAGGACGACGAGGGUCAACAAGACCCCGCUCGAAUUCCGGCACCGAAAGCGAACAAGAGUAAAAAGGGAAAAGCAAAGAAAUCAAAAUCAUCUUCUUCAAAAUCCGGCACUAGAAGGCAGCUUUCUACUUCAGACUUUGAGCAGCAGCAGGAUUUUGAGGACGAGGAGAUGCCGACGACAGAAGCGCCCGAUCUCCUGCUGGAUGAGGAGAACGAGUGGGCGCGGUUGCUGAGUGCAAACGACACCGGCGACGGGAGGCCCGCGUAUUGUGCCGGUGAAGACCCGAUAAACACGACCAACAUGAACUGCACCACGACUUCCAGCACGAGUUCCACCUCCACCACGACCACGCUGCCCUCGGUUGACGUGUACUUCAGCAGCGAAAGUGGCGGUGACUUUUUCAAAAACACCUUCUACGAGGUCUGGGCGAGGGAAGUCUUCAACGAUGGCCCACUGUAUCGCACCAGCAGCAAGGGCGUCACCGGCGAGUUUGUGUUGCGGUACAAGGAGCCGAUCAAGGUGGGACACACAACGAGUAUCAUGACCAACAGCGAUAAUCCCGGAGCGCUGAUGGAGUACAACAACUGUGGCACUUUUGUGACUUUUUGAUCGUUUAUUUUCUGACAUUUUUCGUGUGGGUUUUUCUUUUUGUACACAUUCGCUUUGUGGUCGAGUCAGUUGGUGUACUAGUGGGUUAGGGCUUUUUGUUUUGAUUCCAUUCGAAGACACGUUUCCAAACAAGGGACUUACCUAUGAUCAACACUUGAACCUGCUACCAAGUUGCAAACAACUAUUUCUCAGGCUGAAAAUGCGCACGGUGAAUAACAACGGCGCCAGCGACUUUACGCCCCCGAUAUUGGUCUACUCGGGCGAGUUAUGCAAAGAAAAAGAGAGUGUUGCCGAAUCACACUUCUACUUCAGCGACUGAUACUGAAAUUUUCUCUGCAUCACAGAGAAAACUUGCGCUUGUCAUGCAGAAAUCAUAAGGAGCAACACAACAGCAAGUAUGAAGGAGGUAGACGCUUAGCGAAUAUCUUCGGCAUGAUAGCUGAGCUAGUCUAUGUUGCUGGGCCUGCAACGCAGUGUGCUCUUUUUCUUUGCAUACGACCGGUGCCCGCCAGUGCGGAAUCUCACGUUGCUGGAAGAAGACCCGGAGUUUGUCACGGUGAACUGGCAGCCGCCCGAACACACCGGGUAUGCGCCGUUCGUGCUUUACUACGAGGCGAGUUACACGACGAACUCAACGCGGAUCAGCAUCCCGGCCAUCAACGUCGGAGAUCCGACCUUGCCCCUCGAUUCUCAGGGCACAUUGUACUCGAUGACGGAGGGCCUUUCGGAGCAGCGGGCUAAUUACGAUCUUUACUGGGACAUCAACAAGGCGGAUCUACGGGCGUUCGGGUCCCCAGUCAUGUACUACACAAUAACGCCGGUCACGCACGUCGGUAGGGGGACGCCCACGACCAUUCAGGGCCCGGUCGUUCUGUAGAUGUGUCGGCGGCUUUACAGAAGCAAAAAAGCAAAAGGGUGCUUUGCGUAGCCGGUUUUUUGAAAAGUCCGAGAACUGCAGACACACAUGGAGGGCGCCCUGCAAGUGCUGCGUCGUGAGAACUCUCCAAGCACAUCGAAUUCAAUUUCAUCAAAUUCAAUAUACCCAGUGAGGUCAGCCGCGACCUACUACAAAACUGAAUCUAAAUUUUACUUAAACUCCUGAAGCAGAGACAGGUGCUUUUUUUUCAAACUUCUCUUCGUUUUUGCAAAAAAGUGGACUUAGCUAAGCACAACCAGGACAUCAAAAGUUAAGCAUUUCAUACAAGGAUGAUAUCUGUUGGAGCACCGACUUCAACGGAUAGGGAUGAGCACGCUUAUAAAGACAGCGGUGAGUCGUGAUUUACUUCGACUUUCAUCUUGAUUACUAAAUACGUAGACCAGAAUCACUAGUGGAAGAAAAAAAAGAGACACCUUACGAUUUCGUCGUGGUGUCCAAGAAACAAGAUUACUUGACUUGAUUUUGCUGUUACAUCAGCUUGUGCUGCUCGCGAUGCGCAACAGUUUUCCGUUUUCAGUUUUACGCUAAAAUUCAAUCCUUAGCUUAGUACUUGUGGUCUUCUGUAUCUAUCUGUGGAUGCGUAGGCCCGCAAAGAAAUGAUAGUUUCACCUUAAUCAACCAAGAACCGACGGAGUUCUUCUAGUUUAUUGCUCUCGUAUCAGAACUGUAUUUCAAAUUUGUUUUACCUACGUAUUGUCGUCGCAAUAUGAUGUGAUACGACUCCUCUCGAAAUUGCUUUCAGAUUCAUUUUUCCUGGAAUAAGAGGAAAAUUGUUUAUUUGUUCAGGUUGGCUGAUGUGUACACCACUUUCGUUGGUAUGAAAAGUUCAACUGUAUUCCAUAGUUGUCGUGUGUUUCUUUGCUUAUUUUGGGAAAAGAAAAAAAAUCGCACUUGCAGUGCCGGCUAAGAGUAAGGCGAAUAGGGAUACCGUUGGAGUUAAUGAUUUCAACCUGGCUUUGUUAUUCGGUUUCAAUUUUUGCUCUCUUUUGUUUCGAACGGAACGGACGUAAGCGGUCGACUUUGUCGCUUGUUUUAUUCCACCUUUUAAAAAACAAAUUUCGCGACGGCUCCGAUCACUCGAU